AUUGAUCGUCCGAAUGUACUGAUUCAAUUUACAGAUUCCGUUUUCUAUGCAUUAACGUAAAGUAGCUGCAUUGUUGUUAUGUAAUCUCAUUGAAAUCUGAAUGUCAAUGACACUUGCGAUACAGGUGCCAGCAUGCACUUCAUCUAUAAGUGCAUUUUACAAAUGAUAAACGAUAUACGGGUCUAGCGCUCGUAUAAAAGAACGAAUUCCCGUGCUCUCGCGUACUUGAACUUGACAUUUCUAACAAUGUAUUUCACGUUAGAAACUGUUUUACUGCUCUUGUUCCGUCUGGCGUACACGCAGGACACCGAAAUCGUUUUAUUACCAUUGUGGAACGCGAAGGACAGUGUAGAGGUAGUCCUUCAUUUUCAAUUAUUCGUAUAUCAUUAUUCUUUUGUUAUAGUUAGUGAAUUGCAGGUGCCCUUAAGUUUUAAAGCUUUCGACCGGUUCAUUGAGCUGACGUUACGUAGAAAUGAUAGAAUCACAGCGGAUCAUUUUCAAGUUUGGAAGCACAACAAAGCUGGCUUAGAAUUGAUACCGGAACUGAGUAAUUCGAACUCCUGCCACUAUUUGCAUAGGGACGAUUUGAGUUCAGCGGCUAUGAGCCUUUGCGGAGGACGCGGAGUGCACGGUUUGAUCUUUUUGGAUAACUCCACGCUAGAAAUUACACCUCUUCAGAGCGAGGAGAUCUCGCUGUUCGACGAUCACGUCAGACGACGUUCGGAGAAAUUAGGUGAGCCUCAUGUGGUCAAGAGGGCUUAUAAGAGCUUCGCAUUUCCAGAAGAUCGACCUUAUUUCACCGAACUGAACGACAACUUGAUAGGAGAAAGUCAGGACUAUCUGAUAAGGAAUGAGAAUCGAUCUCUGAAUUUGGAAUUAGCAUUGUUCUUCGACGAGGCCGGCUACAAUCUCUUCUCGCCAUUCUUCAAUAAAAACGAUGAAGAAAUUCGUGACAUGCUGUUGGCUUACGUAAACGGAGUGCAGGCAAUUUAUCAUCAUCCAAGUUUAGGGAUUGCGAUUGAUAUUUCUUUAGUUAGAUUGGAGAUCAUGGAAAAACAGCCUCGUGAUCUAGAGCACUAUGAAGGGGAACGUGGAAAAUUGUUGGACUCGUUUUGCAAGUAUGCAAUGAAGAGGAACACGAUUGAUGAGGAUCCGAAUCAUUGGGAUUUAGGAUUAUACGUUUCCGGUUUGGACUUCUACGUGGUGGAAGCCGGACAAAAGAAAAGUGCCACUAUGGGAUUGUCGGUGGUAGGUGGUCUGUGCAUCGACCAAUAUUCCUGCAUUAUCACCGAAUUAGGCGUUACAAAUCAAUUCGGCAAACCGUUUCCGUCCGCGGGUUUCACUUCCGUUUAUAUAGCCGCUCACGAAAUCGGCCACAAUUUAGGGAUGCAUCACGAUUCAACGGGUAACAAAUGCCCGAAGGACGGCUACAUAAUGUCCCCUACCAGGGGCACCCAUGGUGAAACUGUUUGGUCAGAAUGCAGCCGCGAUCUGGCGCAGAAGUUGUCCUACACAAAACCCUGUCUUUCAGACAGAUCAAGUCGUCCCACGAAUAAACAAUUGGAUCACACUCGGUUCUUCGAUCUCCCAGGAAGAGAAUGGACCGCUAAAAGGCAGUGCGAGCUGUUCCUUCGCGACAAGGACGCGGACGUAGCUACGUUUCACGACUCCUGCGAAGCUUUACAAUGCAAAACUCCGCAUAGGAGCGGAUUCUACGUCGCUGGUCCUGCUUUGGAUGGAACCUACUGCGCCCCAGGGAAAGAGUGCCGCGGCGGUGAAUGCAGAAAUGCUUUGCAGAGCUAUCCUGGAUCGAACAAGCCAGGAGGGUGGAGCGAGUGGCAAACGGGAGCUUGCAAAAGCGGAUGCUUAGUCAAUUCUGUCGGAGUUCAAACCAAGCAGCGAUUUUGCAACAGCCUAGAACCGGAGGGAUGCCUGGGCUGGCUGUACGACGUCGUUCUCUGCAGAGACGAUCAUCUAUGCAAGAAGAAACGUAAAAGCAUCGCCGAGUACAGUGCGCUGAGGUGCUCAGAGUUCAGCAAGAGAUUGCCAGAAUUGGACGGGAAGAGCGGUGGCCUGCAGGCGCCGCACGAGCCCGAAAGGCCAUGGAUGGCCUGCGCUAUAUUCUGUCGGCGGAAAGACAUAGCGUCUUAUUACACGCCGCGCGUCGAAUUAAACGACCUUGGCCUUGACCCAUACUUUCCAGAUGGGACCUGGUGCCACGCCGAGGAGGGACGGAAUUAUUUUUGUCGCCAACACCACUGUCUCCCAGACAGUUUUCGUUUCGAGGAGACUAUAGAAUUUGUACUUCAGAAUGCUCGCGCUCAAACGUUUCCUCUGGACAAGCAAAUGAUGAAGUAUUUCAGCUUGGGCACCGACGGGCUACCGCUCCUGACCUCCCUCUCACAAGGUAUUGGGUUCCCGUUGGAUGAUGACGAAUGGAUCGAUAAAGAUUACGUAGAUUUGGUAAAGCCAACGGAUGAGACUGCUCUCUGGCCGUAACAUCAAUUCGGCUAAUACAAAUUAUUAUGUUUUCCUUUAUUUUUUAUACUCGUCUGUCCAAGUAAAAAAUCCGAUUCACGCUCGGUGUAUGAACGACAAAGCAUGUGCACGUUUUUACACAGAAAUCGUACUGUUUCGACUCGCAGUUGUGCGUGAAAGUCCCGGGAGAUAGGACGAUGACGUCACCCUGUUCGAAGUCUAUU